AUGCCUACAGGGAACACCUAUCACUCACUGAUGUUAUCAGAGGUAUUAAAUGACAUUGGUGUCAAUGAAGGACUGGUGGUGAAAAGGAGAAGAGUGGACAUACAGAGAGAGACUUUAGCUAAUAUCAGGUUCAAGUUAACUGAUAAAAAUAUUAUUGAAUAUAACCUAGGGAGUCAGAGUGAAGGUACCACUACUAUUGGUCUUUAUUCAGACACUGAUGUAGUAAUCUCUGAGUGUGAUUACAAUAUAAUACAAUGCUGGUCAGAGUGGGAACGUGGCAAGAUGAACUUCUUCAUGAUACAGGAUGAAAACACUACCCCCGGGUAUUGUUUCCUACAACUGCUCGAUCCUUAUGUACCUCUUUGUUUUACCGGCACUCCUAAUGAACACUAUAUUUCUGAUGCAAGAGGAAGAAUAUUGUUAAAAAGUACAUUUAUCAAUGUUUUCGUUAAGGGUGCUCAUCAGCAGCAUGGACCAUCUCUUAACCAACGGCAACCUGGAUUUUUAGAUACUGACAAUGUAUUUGCUUAUCCAUGUAAAUCAAGGCCUCAAUCAGCAUUAGGUUGGUUAGACCGACAGGGUAUUGGCGGAUGGCCAACACAAGAGAUGAGAAAAUAUGCAGCCAGUACUGGGUGUUUUGUUGUUGCAACUGGUAGUAAGGUUAGUGAAUAUCCUGAAUUGGAAUGGAGAAUAUCUACAUCAUUGACAGAAAGAUGUCUGAUGUUUAGUCUAAAUAUAACGCAAAUAAGGUGCUAUGUGCUAUUGAAAAUGAUUCUUAAAUCCUUCCUUAAUCCUCAAGAUGAAAUCAAUAUAUCAAGUUUCAUGUGUAAAACAGUUCUAUUCCAUUGUAUAGAAAAGACAGAACCAAGUAUAUGGAAAGAUCACAAUUUAUUGACAUGUUUAACAUACUGCUUAUUAGAAUUACACAGUUGUGUACAGAAUGACCGUUGUUCACAUUUCAUCAUACCGGAAAAUAAUUUGAUGGCAGGGCAAUUUACAGCUGAGACAAAACAUGAACUUUCAAAACAUAUUUGUGAACUUAUACAGAAUGAUAGGCAACAUUUACUUAGAAUUGAUAUUGAUGAUCUUGGCCAUAGACUUCAAGUUAAACUGAACAUGGUACAACACAGAGUUUACUAUUUUAUGUCUUCUCUUGAAAUACAUGAACAUGUUUUGGCUUGGAAAUAUCUAAACUUUGCAAGGGCCAUAAGUGCACAUUAUAAUUAUAUUUUAAAUCAUUUACACAAUGAAAACAUUAGAACAAUUAAGCAACAUAUAGUAAAAUUGUUGAACUUCAGUGAUAAUGGUAAUAGAUUAGAACAUGCUGCAUUCAAGUUCCUUGCACCAUUUAUUUUUACCACAUAUGGAUCUACCCUAGCAUCAUCAAGCAUUGGUGAAAGUAAUCAAGUGUCACCUAAAGCAUUGAUCUGGCUAUCAGCUGGUGUAAACUCAGAUAUCUCAUCUAGCAGGCUUAAAUUGGCAUCAGUGUUCUACAGUUCAGGAUAUAUGGAGAAAGCUGAAUUCAUUUUGAGACACACUGAACAACAAUAUUACUGUUAUCCUGUCAUACCUAUCUGUGGCUGUUGGGAAACCCCUCCACCAGCAGUUACAGCAGAAUUAAUGAGGUUAUGUAGUGAACAAAGUGAGAACUAUAUCGAAAAGACAGCUAUUUGUGUCAGAUUCAUACAGACAGAAAUCAACUGUGUUCCUCAUGAACUACAAUAUGAAAUGUUCAGAUCUACACGAGAUGACAUAAUACACAGAGAUGAAAGGAAAGACUGUUGGAUGGACUGUGCUGUAGUUGAUUCUCUACCUUUCCUUUACUUCCUACAAUACAAGAUCUACAGUCAUCUACAAAUGUAUCAAGAGCAACAACAAGCACUUAGUAAACUUAUAACAACCAUAGUAACUGAUGUUAACCUCAGGCAUAGAGAAACAGCUCUCAACAUUUUAGGACAAUGCAUGGAGCAAGAAAACAGACCUCAACAAGCAUUAAAAUGCUACUUGCUUUCUCUUCAACAAAGGUCAAGAAACAAUGCAGCACAUUUCCAUCUGUGUAAGCUCCUUUCUGGCUUAAUUGUCAGACUUCAGGCAUAAUUGUCAGCCAAUAAAAUGAAGUCAAAAACAUAAAGGCAUUAUAAAUAUUUUAGUUUAAUGAUCAUAUACUGUUUGUGUGUUAUGACUUUAUGACAUAUGUCCACCAGGCUGCAGUACAGCCCAUACUCUUAAUCAAACAGAAAUAUGCGCGGCCAUCUAUAUCAUAGUUAAAUGAGACUGAUUUGUAUGUAUACUAAUAAAACUGUUGUUACUGUUAUGAAUCAGAUAUAGUUUUUAUGAUACAAGUUCAUGUCUGUAUAUAUUCAAUUAUAGUAAAUAGAAUUGUUGUUAUUGUUUAUAUCAAGUAGUUCAAUGUGAAAUGGGUGAUUGGUACAAUAAAAAAUCCAUAGAAAUUUACCGCUCUGUACUUAUAGCACAUAAAAUAAUAAAAAACUUCAAAUAAAGAACAAUAAUUAGUAAUGCGAACAAUAUUUCAAUAAACA